AAUCCAAAUUUCUACUUGCCUUCAACCUAAUACUACAUCGGAUACUGCUCCCCACACAUCAAUAAUCAACAAAUUCUUGAUUAAUCUUAGAUUCUAUCAUCUUUAUGUGCUGUUUAGUUCAACACCCAUGGGCUGCAUUUCAUUUUUUUUUUUUUUCAAUUCAUAUUUCAGUUCUAUGAAUUAAUAAAGAAAGGGGUAGAUGUGGGCAGUACUGGAUGGCAAUAAACUUUACCCAUUUUUGUUAUUUGGGUGGACCAUUUAAUUAACUUGUGUUCAAUCUGGAGUUGUUGAAGAAAGUUUUGUUUUUUUUUUUUUUUAAAGUAUUGUUACAUAAAGUUUGAGUCUUUAUGGAUGUUCUGGAUCUUUUGAUUGCUUACUGGGCCUGUUCUUUUGAGGCUUCAGAUUCAUUCUUCAGAUGAUUAGAACUAAGCUUUGAGUUGCCUAACCUUUGAUGUAUGAUGCUUGUCAGAUUUUUUGAGUGUUUGUGCAUAGUUCAAGAAGGGUUUUCUCCUUUAUGGCAAAUAUACUAUAUAGUCUUCAUCAUUUAUUUGAUGACUUGUUAGAAACCUCUGUGUGGUAAUUCAAGAAUGUCACCUUUUAUAAAUCCUCUUGAGACUUCAGACUUUCUUUUCUUAUUGGUUGGGUUUCUAUUUAUGUUUGACAUUUGCACUAUUUGGGUCCUGACGGGGUGUAAAUGUCUACUGUUUGCUAUUGUUUGUUAUGUAAGAAUGUAACAAAUUUCGUGUUUAUUUUCUGACCAGGUUUAGUGUUCGUUGCUCGUGCUCUUUAUACACUCAUCUAGGAGAAUUCCUCUGUACCAUUUUAUCCUAUCCAUAUUCUUUAUUGCUUACAGGUGAUGCAAUGAAUAGAAGCUGAAGCGAUUAGUUUUGGUUGUUUGAUGGAUUCACAUAACUGCUUCUUACGUUCUUCUCUCCUAUUAUGUUCUACAUUCAGCUAAAUGAAUCAAAAACACCGAGCAGGAUCGGAGAUCGACCGACCAGUGAUGUUGUAGUGAGGAUUAGAACACAGGAUGGUCGCGAUCACAGGGUUUAUUGUCAUUCUCAUAUCCUUGUCCAACAGAGCAAGUACUUUGCUGACCGAUUAUCCGAUACCUGGCCAACAUGUCAGAUUCUUGAUUCACGCAACUGUGUUGAGGUUCAUUGCGAAGAAUCUGACUUGGACUACUAUGUCAAUGUCCUUCGACUCUUCUAUGUCGUUUCAGAUUCUUCAGUGACUGAUAUUUGCCAAGGUGUCAGGAGUGCACUUGGCAUUUUACGGGCGGCUUUCAAGCUCGGGUGCCCACAGAUUAUUACGGCGUGUGCGGAAUACUUGGAAGCCGUUCCCUGGGAAGAAACGGAGGAGGAGGAUAUCCUAAAAACGAUUCCGGGCAUGGGGUCCCAAGUGGCACCGGUUAUUGCUCGCCUACAACCCGUUCUUCCUUCUGCUGUGGUCAAAAUAUUCCUCUCAACAAUGCAAUUUGCCACUUCCUUGCCUCCCGAUUCUUUGAACGAUCUAAAAACGACAGCUCAAGAACAGCUCGAGUACAUGGUUGUUGAAGAUGAUGAUGCUCCUCUGUUAACGGCCGAUAAUGAGAUAAAACUAGAGGUAGUGCAAUGCAUUAAGAGACUGCUCGAUAGGUUUAGCCAACUCGUAGAGUCUUUACUGUGCGAUGUCCAAGAAUCGAUAUCCGAGGACGGGAAAUUGCAGUUAUUUAAGUCGUGUUUAUCGGAUUUAUCCUGGGCUUGCCAGAUAUUAACGAAAUUGGAGAUUAUGAGAGAUUUUGUUCACAGAUGGACAGAGAUAUCAGUUAAAAUAAUAAAGGUUGUUCAGCAGUUGAGCCCCGAAGCUGAAACAAUCGGGACCAAAUUGAAGGUUCUUGAGGUGGCGGCAAAAGUCCUAGAGGCAAUAGGAUAUGGCACGGUUAUUCUGCCCGCGACGAAGCGCCUCCACAUGGCAAAGGUCUGGCUUCCGUUUGUCCGGGCAAUUAAGCCUUUGAGUGAUUCGGUGACUGCCGACAGUGACGAUGAUCUGAUUCCGAAAAUAGACGGUGAUCUAUGGCAAUCCUUAGAGGCGUCGUUUGUUUCAAUGAUACUUACAUUGCCCUCGGCAGAUCAGGCGGAGAUCUUGACGGAGUGGUGGACAAACCAGCAUGUCCAGUAUCCAGACCUCACCGAGGCCUUUGAAGCGUGGUGUUAUAGAUCCAAGGCUGCCAAGCGAAGGCUGGCAAUGCUCGAAGGAGAUCAUAGCACCGCCAAUCCAAUUUUCUUAAUGGAUCUGAGAGGCGGUCCAGAUAAGGUCUUCACUUCAGUGGUCCUCGACCUCGGGAAAAAGCAUUGCUUUAGGCAUCUUGCCAUGAAAAGCCAGUGAAAGAGUCCUCAUUGGUUAAGCAAUAUGGUAAAGAUGAAAGAUUUCGGCAACAGAAUUAUUCUUCAAGUGGUUUGCAUCCACAAGCAAGUACCAAUUCAGGUUCACUUCCCUUUCAUCAGAUCAAUAAACAUCCAACCAAGAAACUCCGGUUUCUGUUUUUGGCUUUAUUCUCUUGGAAUGUUGAAGAUAUGAUGAUAUUCCGUUGAAACUUUCUUCAUAACACUUGUGGUUAUAAAGAUUGAAUAGGCUUAUUCUUAUGCACA